AUGAUCUCUCAACAGUAUCUCAAACUCCUUAUGGUCUUUUUUGGCCUCAUUGCAAUCAUCACACCCAUUGCCAAAGGAAGCCGUCCACCCAAAAAAAUAAUAAAUAAUAGUACUAAGAUACCCAAGUGUGGAAAAGUUGCUGCACAAUGUACCAAAGGCAAGCCUUGGUGUUCAAGCGGCACACCAAAGUGCAGCAAUGGUGGAGUACUCAAGAACUGUGCAUCAGGAGUUACAUGUUAA